AUGAGCAUAGGUACUCAACCAGACGUCAAGAAAAAGGUCAACUGGUUCUCUAGUCUCUCUGAGAAGUACAAAUAAAAUAAUUGCAACUAAGAUCCAUCAAAAUGAAGGAAACCUAGAUAUAAAUCAAGGCAUUUCCCAAAAAGAUCAUCAUAAUACUUAUUACCAAGUAAUGAUACAGGAUGGAGCACUUUAUAACAAAAAUACCAGGAUUUUACAAAAUAGAACGAAGAAAGGCCUUCCAGAAAUUAAUGACCAAAAAUAAUCCACAAGCAAAGCUAGAAGUUAGCCCAAGACUAAAUCUGAAUUCUAUCUCUCCAACAAAUGAAGAAUACCUUAACUUCAUGGGAAGAGUUCAAGGAGGAAAAAUUAGAUCUCAAAGCGCUGCAAAUCUCAGAAAGAAACAAAUCCAUGACCAGAAACCUAAAAGGUCAAAUAAUAUCAUUGAAAUCCCUGUCAUGAAUUCUUUUGACAAAAAGAUGAGCCUGAGUACCCUUAAAAAUGAGGGUAAUUAUUCAGAAGAUCCCACUUUUGAAGAGAAAGAGCCCUCUAAAAACUAUACAAUGAAAUAUGUAGGAGUUACAUUCGGAAAAAUCGGAAUUUUGAGCCAGAAAGUACCCCUAGAAUCAGCCCCCAAAAUUGAAAAAGUGAAGUACAAUGCUCCUAAACCUCCCCAGAAACGGAACUCAACAGAGAUAGAUCCUCCUCCAAAACUCAAAGUGGAGGAAUGUAAAAAGCCUCCAAAAAUCUUCAAGCCAAAGCCCAAAGUAAAAUUGUCCAAAUUCAAGAACAAAAGAAAACUUGCCAAAACUAAAGAAGUAGCAUUAGAAAACUCAUUUAAAACACCAUCAAGAGAAAUUAGAGAUCCCGAUGAGACCAACUCUCCUUUGCAAGGGAUGGUCUCCAGGCCAGUAGAGGGGGAUAAUGGCACCCCAAAGAUGAUAAACUUUGACUUUGAUACACUAAGUCAACACGAUUACUUUGAAACUAAACGUAACUCUGGUUCAAGUCCUGUCGUUAACAUGGCUCCAAAACUAGCAAAAGCUAAAGUAACUUCUCAGAAUCUUGACAUCCUUCAAGAGAAGAAAAAGAUUAGAAGGAAGUACAAGUCUUCAAAAAGCCAAAAGUUUCUCAAAAAAUCUAAAAUAAUUAAAAAGGUGUCUAAAAAGGUUCUCAGAGAUGAGGACAAGCCUGAUCCGAAGGAAGACCCAUCAGCCCAAAAAGAGAAUAACAAGGAUAUUUCAAAUAAGGCUAUCAAAAUCAAGAAAAAGAUCUCAUCCAAUAAGCAGAGCUUUUCUAAACAAAAGCCAAAGAAAUUAGUUUCUCAUAAAAUCGAAGAGAGAACCUCAGCAGCCGAAACAAGCAAGAAAAGAGAAUCCAUGCAAGAGCAAACCAUGAGAAUAGCUCAACAUGAAUUUCUAAAUCAAUCUAAAAGCUCUUCAAAUAUCUUAAUGAGCGAAGACAGAACGUUUAACUUCCUUAAAUAAAAAGGAUAACUACCUUGUCAACAAUUAUGCAUUGCCAAGAGGACUUAAUUCUUGUCAAAGAAUUCCUGUGCUCUCUGACAGUGAACGAUUCUUUGAUAAUAGGUACUCCAAACAAGCUAUAGGAGAGCUCAAGAUCAAAGACUGCUUCACCAUACUUGGAAAGACUAGUGACAUAAUUGGUUUCAGGGGUUGAAAGCCCUGUAAAACUUCUCAAGGAGUUCGAAGAAAACCUAACUCUAAAAUUAGUAAUUUUCAAACUGCUAGACAUCUCAGGCCAAAAACAAUGAGAGAUGCUCGAAGCUGAAAGAACCUCAAUAUUCAGAUUGGCACUGAACAAUACGAUAAAAAUGGAAGGGACCUUCAUCCUGAUUUCAGCAUAACUCCUUCUAAAAGUCUUGCUAGCACCAAAAAUUUAGGAGUCAGCUCAAAAAUGGUCUCUCCAAUUAACUAUCCAGAAGGCGAGAACAAGGAUAUUCAAGAGGUCAAGAAUUUAAUGAACAAAUACAAGACUAAUAAAUUAGUCACCCACAAAUAUGUAGAAGACACUGAACUCCAUGAAAACCUACCUUCUACUGAAAACACCCCUGUGAGGGAUGCUAAGGAAGAGUCUACAGAAACCCAAUCCAAAUUCACAAACACAGGCUCCCCCUCUAAAAUCUCCCAAAAAGCGAGUCUUUUCAAAAAUAGAGGAAUUUACGGAUGCAUAGACAACAAAUUCAAAACACCAAAUGAAAACAUAUUCGAAAACCCAUUUGUCCAAAAAGAGCAACCCCAAAGACACUACAGACGCACGCUGCGCCAACUGGACAAGAAGCUUAAGCUCCCUGCAGAGCUAGACCAAAGUCAUCCUCCCAGACCAGAAGAUGAACUGUACAUAAAGUUUGUGCAGUUCAAACAGAGUAAAACUCACAGGGAGUAAAAAGUUCAGUAAUAGCCUGCAUUACUCCUUCAGACUAAAAUUCCAAGUUAACCUCAUGACUAAAAU